UUGUGUCUAUAUUUUAACAAUUCUGAAAGAUGAUUGGGCACCCUUAGUCCCCAUUCAGGAAAAUGACUCAUUAGAAAAUAUAGAAUGUUUUUUCUCAUCAAUUUCUGCUACGAUGUAUCGUUUGCUUUAUUAUUCUGUAAUAGAAAAUCUAGAAAGAUGGAUAAUGUUUUUGAAAAAUUAUAAGGAAGAAAAUAAGUUAUAUGAAGAUUUGAAACAAAGAGAAUUAUUUAAUCCUUCUCUUAUUAUUAUAAAGGUUGUUAUAAAAAAUCAAAAGCUAGAAUUUGAGCCAAAAUUAAAUGAAAUUAAAGAAAAUAUUGAACAAUUUAUAAAAGAAAUAAUAUCAACAGUUAAAAAUAUUCCUCGGGUAGAAAAAAUUAUGUUUCCUGAAAUGGCAGAUGAUGAUUUAUAUUUGUUAUCUAUUGAUAUAAAUGAUAUAAAUGUAAAGAAGUAUAUUUCAGAAGUAGAAGAAAUUUUACAAGAAAACUUAUCUGGACCUGAUUUAUAUCUUAAAUCAUGUUCAAGAUUUUUGACAUUUAUUGAUGGAACAGCUGCAGAACAGCUUCAGAAUUAUUUAUCUUCAAAUCCAUCCAUAGAAUCUAUAAAAAAUAAAUUAAUUGACAUAAAGAAAAUCUCCGAAGAAAUGACUGGCAAGCCAAAUAUUGUACAUUUAAAUUUGUUUUGUUUAGACUGCUCAGAUCUAAAUAAAUAUCUUAUUCUUCAAGCUGAAAACUUAUGGAAUUCAAUAAUUAAUUUUAAAUUAGAAGAAAAUCGAUCACAUGUGAAAAUGAUAUAUGACUCAUAUGAUGAAAUGUCUAAAAAGUUAACUAUGGAAACAAAUAAUAUUGCUGAAUUAGUAAAGUUAUCUCUAUAUCUUAAUGAGUGCAUUAAUAUAUUACAACAUCAACUGAUGGAAGAAGUAAGAAAAGCUUGGGAAUCAAUUUUGUUUUUACUGGAUUAUCCUGUUUUUACAGAUUAUGAUAUCCAAAUGAAUACUAAAAUUUUCAAUUGGCCUUCAUCUAUUACGAAAGUUUUCAAUGCUUGCAAAAUACGUGUAUCAAAUCAGCAAGAUCAGGCUGAAAGAUCUUUAAUAACAAGACAGCAAAAUCUCCAUAAAAAUUUGAAAACAAUGAAAGAAUUACUUGAUAGUUUCAGAACAAGAGAGAAUUUAAAUCCAAAUCAAAUAUCAAAUAGCAUAUUAGAAUUGGAUACUCUUCAAAGAAAUCUCAUUGAAGCAAAAGUUGAAUUAGAAAAAAUAAAUGAAGAAGAAAGAUUAUUAGGAUGGGUUUGCACAAAAGAACCAUUACUAUAUGAACUCACAGAACAAAUUCAGCCUUAUAGUCAACUCUGGCAUACAGCUUAUGAUUUUACAACAAAGUUUGAAAAGUGGUUUAAUGGUCCGUUUAAUGAUCUAAAUACUGAAGAAAUUGAUGAGAGCAUGGAAAAGAUUAAUGAGUCCCUGACUUAUUUGAAAGAUAUAUUUGAAGAUAAUUCAGCACCGAAACACAUUACAACAUAUUUAAAAAAGAAAUACUCUGAAUUUCAUCAUCAUGUACCCUUACUGAAAGUUGUUUGUAAUCCUGGUAUGAAAAUUAGACAUUGGGCAAAGAUUGGCCUUAUAAUUGGUAAAUCAAUUCUUCCAUCUGAGAAAACUUCACUAUCUGAUAUGGUUCAACUUGAAUUAGGAAAUCACAUUUCAAAGAUAAGCAUAAUCAUGAAAGUCAUAGAUAAGAAACCAAAUAUAGUCUACAGCAAUUAUGAUAUCCAAAUGAAUACUAAAAUUUUCAAUUGGCCUUCAUCUAUUACGAAAGUUUUCAAUGCUUGCAAAAUACGUGUAUCAAAUCAGCAAGAUCAGGCUGAAAGAUCUUUAAUAACAAGACAGCAAAAUCUCCAUAAAAAUUUGAAAACAAUGAAAGAAUUACUUGAUAGUUUCAGAACAAGAGAGAAUUUAAAUCCAAAUCAAAUAUCAAAUAGCAUAUUAGAAUUGGAUACUCUUCAAAGAAAUCUCAUUGAAGCAAAAGUUGAAUUAGAAAAAAUAAAUGAAGAAGAAAGAUUAUUAGGAUGGGUUUGCACAAAAGAACCAUUACUAUAUGAACUCACAGAACAAAUUCAGCCUUAUAGUCAACUCUGGCAUACAGCUUAUGAUUUUACAACAAAGUUUGAAAAGUGGUUUAAUGGUCCGUUUAAUGAUCUAAAUACUGAAGAAAUUGAUGAGAGCAUGGAAAAGAUUAAUGAGUCCCUGACUUAUUUGAAAGAUAUAUUUGAAGAUAAUUCAGCACCGAAACACAUUACAACAUAUUUAAAAAAGAAAUACUCUGAAUUUCAUCAUCAUGUACCCUUACUGAAAGUUGUUUGUAAUCCUGGUAUGAAAAUUAGACAUUGGGCAAAGGACAGAAAAAUAUUAUCAUCAUGUGAAGAUGUACAAGCUCUUUUAGAUGAACAUAUUUUAAAAAUUCAAACAAUUGGUGGUUCUCCAUUUUCAAAACCUUUAAAAAAAGAACUAAAUAAUUGGGAAACAACACUAAUACUUAUACAAGAUAUCUUGGAUGCUUGGCUGAAGUGUCAGUCUUCUUGGAUAUAUCUUGAACCAAUUUUCAGUUCAGAAGACAUCACAAGACAAAUGCCUGAAGAAGCACAGAAAUUUUUUGUUGUAAAUGAAAUUCAAAAUAAUAUCACUGCUGAUCUUGACAGAAAAAUAUUAUCAUCAUGUGAAGAUGUACAAGCUCUUUUAGAUGAACAUAUUUUAAAAAUUCAAACAAUUGGUGGUUCUCCAUUUUCAAAACCUUUAAAAAAAGAACUAAAUAAUUGGGAAACAACACUAAUACUUAUACAAGAUAUCUUGGAUGCUUGGCUGAAGGUAAAUGAAAAUAAUUGGCAUUUUGAUUGA